UGUUUUUAAUCAAUAGACGACGACUACUACUGCUAGCAGCUACUAGCUACUACUAUCCUGCUUAUUUUAAGAAGAUGGCUAGGAUAAACUUUAUUUCACAGUGCAAGUGGACAUUGGAUGACUGCACUCGUCUUCUGCAGACCAAUGAUGUCGGGCCUUCUCUGUUGGAAUCCACAUUAACAAGGUUGGAGACCAUGCAGAGGAGCCUUGAAUGGGCAAGGGGGAGGCUGUUGGAUGUUCAAGCAACAGAUUGCUUACUUGGAGACCUAGCUCAAUAUAUCAAUGAAGUAACUACAUGUAGAUGGCAUGAACAAAAAGCCAGUUCAUCUUACCAGGCUCCACUGGCUUGGACUGGUGCUAGAGGUCCGCCUCACUUUUCCAUCUCUCCAGAGCAACUAUCUUUCCUGAAAUCAUGUGGCUUUACAGUGUCACAGACUGCAGAUAUUCUGCAUGUUUCUUCAGCUACAGUCAAACGACGUUUGAGGAGGUUCAAUUUGACCUGCUCUGCGUCAUACUCUGACAUGUCAGACUCUGCCCUGGAUGAAAUGGUUAAAGAUCUUGUAGUUGGGAAUGACCUACUUGGACCAGAGUCUGUCAGGGCACAACUACGGUCACAGGGAAUUUGUGUACAGAGACGCAGAGUGCGAGAGUGUAUGCGGCGGGUUGACCCAAGGGCAGCCGCCCUUAGAACAAUGACGCAGAGAUUGCACCGAAGAGCAUAUCGCGUGGCUGGACCAAAUUCCUUGAUGGGAACCACAAACUGA